GUGAAGAGGAGAGGUCAGCGCCUUUCUCUCAGAUUUCGCCUGCCCUUAGCGUCGGGCAACUCCAGCGGAGCACCGCAGCAGGGCUGUGGCCGGGCGGAAGUGACGGCCGUUUCACCUGCUGAGCUGCGAGGGGACAGAGGAGGGCGGCGCGAGGCGGCGAGUGUCCGUUGGGAAUUCGCUCGAGAGUCGCUUCUUUUCCUCUGGCCGCCGGCGACUGCUUUCUCCUGCGCUCUCUCUCCCCGCCAUGGCAUCGCUGCUGCCGCUCUUGUGGGCUGUAACGUUUCUUUGCGCAGAUCUAAUUGAAGGUAUAACAAUAACAUCGACAGAAUACACGGUUACAAAAGCUCAAGGAGAUAAAGUUACACUGCUGUGCACAUUUACUCUUGCUACAGGAAAUAGUAGAAUGGUUGAAAUUGAAUGGAGUAUUUUGGCACCAGAAGGGGAGAAAACAGUUAUCAUAUAUAAUGAUGGCAAUGUUUAUGAUACAUAUGAUGUGGAGGGACGAGUACAAUUUGCUAAACAAAAUCCAGCAUCUGGAAAUGCAAGCAUUGAUAUCUUAAAUUUAAAAGCAGAAGAUACUGGCAAAUACCAAUGUAAAGUAAAGAAACUUCCUAGUGUUAAAACUCAUAGAGUCCACUUGACAGUACUUGAAAAACCCAUGAAGACUAAAUGCUACAUUGAAGGAUCUCAGGAGAUUGGAAGUGAUCUUACUCUGAAAUGUAAAUCCCAAGAAGGUUCUUCCAUCAUAGUUUACUCCUGGAAAAAAACUACUGGUUCACAAGAACUUCCAGCAACAGCAUUACCAAUUGAAAAUACAGGCGACUUAUUUGUGAAAAAUGCCUCUCAGACUUAUUCUGGUACUUACACGUGUUUGGCUUACAAUAAAGUUGGCAGAGAUGAAUGUUCUGUCAUACUGACUAUUACACCCCCUAUCGAUAGAGCUGGUACUAUUGCUGGAGCAGUUAUAGGAACUCUUCUGGCACUCAGCUUAAUGGCUUUGUUCAUUUUCUGUUGCUAUAAGAAACAAAGAGACACAAAAUAUGAAAAAGAAGUACAUCAUGAUAUCAGAGAGGAUGUCCCUCCUCCAAAGAGCCGUGCCUCAACAGCGCGCAGCUAUAUAGGGAGUAAUCGGUCAUCUUUGGGCUCAAUGUCUCCAUCUAAUAUGGAUGGUUUUACCAAAACUCAGUACAAUAAAGUGCCAAGUGAAGAACGUACACCCUCUCAAGAUCAGUACUUUGAUCCACCAAAGGUAGCUGCACCUAAUCUAAGUAGAAUGGGAGCUAUUCCUGUGAUGAUACCAGCACAAAGCAAAGAUGGUUCCAUAGUAUAACAUGACAUUAAUUUGAAGUUUCAUCAGUUCAUUACCACAUUGAUGAUUAGUUUGUACCAGAUCUACAUGUACAAUUGAGCAUCAAGAUAUGUGCUUAGCUCAACUUAUUUUUAUUAAGUUUGACUGCUUUUAUUGAAAAAAGUUGACAGUGAAAAAAUGUUAUCCACCUUUGUAGGGAUUUCUAAAUAAAUAUUAAAAUAUGAAUUAUUGAUCUAUUAGUUAUAGUAGAUUGUAUGACAUGAAGCAUUUUGUAUUUACAUUGUUACAGAUACCUGUUUAUAUGAGAACUGUUACAAUGAUAGUUUUUCUGUUCACAAAUCUGAAAAUAGAGACUUGCAUUCUUGUAAUAUUGAUUCUGGAAUACUCUUCUCAAAAACUUAGAAUAUUUAAAAUGCAUUAUUAGAUAUAGUAAUGCACAUGUUUACCAUAUUUACCAAUUUCUGUCCUCUCACACACUCUCUCUCUCGCUCGCUCUUGCUCUCUCCAGUCUUACAGGAUAUUGCUUGUUAUAUGUGGAUAAACUACUCCUUUCUAGAUAUGUAAUAUUGAAUGGAUUUAGUCAGCAUACUAACUACAAACAGUAUUUGAUAGUGAAAUUAAACCUGAAUUCAAUCAUUAAUGAUAUUGUACUUGCCAUUUUGAAACUCCUUGUUUUUUAUAAAGAUUUGUGCAACUUAUGGGACCAGAAUACUUCAAUUUAAUUUAUAAAAUAUACUGGCACAAUUACAUUUUUGUAGUAAAGUUUUCUGUAACCCAAGAACUGGUGAGGGCUUCCCCACUAUAUUAAUAUCUUCAGAGUUAUCAAUUAGUACUUUUUUAUUAACUCAUCCUAUUUAUAUUGCUCCAUUGAUUUUAUUACCAAUUAAAAAAAUUGGAAUACCAAAAAGUGAAUAUCAGCUUAAGCUGGUAGUUUAUAUAUAUAUAUGUGGAAAGUUAUACAUUCUUAUUAGAAAAUUGCUCCCAAUGAAUUAUAAAGUUUGCUUCUGUCUUUCUUUUUCCCAUUCAUCAUGUCCAAUUCUUGGAGACUGCCUGAACAAGCCCCUGCAGUUUUCUUGACAAGGUUUUUCAGAAAGCCGUUGCCUCCUUCGUAGGGCUGAGAGAAUAUGACUAGCCCAAGUUCCCCAGUUCGCUUUGUGCCUAAGGUGGGACUAGAACUCCCUGUCUCUCAGUUUCUAGCCUGAUGCCUUAACCACUUCAACAAAUUGGCUCUUAUGCUUUUUUUUACACAUGAAUAAUUUCAAAAAUGUACUGCAACUUUAAAUAUUUACACUUGAUAACUUAAUUUUUUUUGAAAUUGUGGUUCUUGUAUAUAUGAAUCAUUAAAAAAAUAAGAUACCAAGAAUUAAUAUUUAAACUUCUCUUGUAGUAACCCAAAUUAGUAUAUAGAUGUUUCUUGUCUCACAAUCAUAGUUGUGACCAGAAUUUCAGUUGCCAAGUAAUGCAGUUGUAAAGCGAUAUAUCAUGUGAUCACGUCACUUAGCAAUCUCAGCACUCCUGAAUUAUGGAUUGUUAAGCAGAGAGAGUGUCUCACAUACCACAAAGAAAGGAAAUCUGGUGCAGGCUGCAUGCAAGCUGGGGAGAGCUGUAGUGUGACACAAUAGUGCUGCACCCUGAGAAGCCUCAGCUAUCUCACCAGGCCAAGCAGAGCUUCAUGACUGCAGGGCCAUACAUCUCUCCCCAUCUUCCUAUUUCCUCAUGAUCUAUGCCCUUUUGGCCACCCCGCAAAGCAGCACUAGUCAGCCAUUCCUUCUCCAUUCUUGCAAGACCUGAGGAAGACUAGAAGAUUUUUGAAGAGUAAUUAGAAUUGAAUAUAUGGCCUGGAGAAGGAAUGGCAUGCAUGCUUUGGAGAAUGAGGGGUCUGAAGCACCACAAGAAUGGGACUUUUGCCAUUCUCCAAAUUGUGCAUCCAUUUUUAUGAAACCUGGGGAAGAUAAGAAAGUUCUGGGGCUGAAGUAGAAGCUUGGGGCGGCGGGGGGGGGGGCGUGUUAGCAGAUUGAGACUGCGGAAAGUCAUAGGCCUCUACUUUAGCCCAACCCUGCCAUUGUGCAGGAUGCUCAAAAAGUAAUAGAUUGAAUAGACGGGGGGAAAUUGCCAAGACCCAGAAUUUUAAUCUAUGAUUGCAGGAGUGCUGCAGUGAGCUUAAACUCAUGGUCUUAAACUCAUUUUUUUUCAGGACCAUAAUAAUUGGUCAUAAAUCAAGAACCACCAUAAUAUGUUACUUUUAAUUGUAGUAAAGUGUUUCUGUGUUACCUAAUUUUAAUU